AUGGCAAAUCAGGUGGUGAAUCAAAUUGAUCAAAAACGAGCACAAUGGUAUUGGAAAUCGAAUUCUGACCCAUGGUCAGUGAAUAAAAAAGAAGAAUGGACAAAAUAUUCGGAUAUCGAAUCCGAAAUCAUUGAAGAAGCAUCUAAUGAGAAAACUAAAACAAAACUGGUUGAAUUGGACAAUUACUGGAUUAACUUAAAUGACUACAUUCAAAUUAAUAAAUAUGAUAAAAGUAAACAAAGACAAAUCAAGCGAGUGCUAAUUAACAGAAAUGAGAACCAAGGUUUACGAGAAGAAAGAUUCUUUCAUCCACAAGUAUUGAACAAACCGUUCAAUGAUGAUUACGGGGCGUCGGCUCUAGGUUUUCUUGCUGAUACUGCUGGUUAUGCUCCUGGUUAUACUAGUUAUCGUCGUUAUUAUGCUGAUGAUGCUAGUGUGAAAUCUUCAUGA